CCGAGAUGAGCGGCGGAGGGACGGAGGUCCCCGUGGUUUGUGAGGCCGCCCCGGGCGGUGGCGGCGGCAAGAAGAAGGACUCGCUGGGGACCGGGGGCUCUCCAGCCCACCUCAUUAUCAAGGAUCUCGGAGAAAUUCAUUCAAGGCUGUUAGAGCACAGACCAGUUAUCCAAGGUGAAACCCGUUAUUUUGUGAAAGAAUUUGAAGAAAAACGUGGUCUUCGAGAAAUGCGAGUUCUUGAAAACUUGAAGAACAUGAUCCAUGAAACAAAUGAGCAUACUCUUCCCACGUGUAGGGAAACGAUGCAAGACAACUUAAACCAAGUUCUCCAGAGAUUGCAAGCAGCUACUGACUCGGUCUGUAGACUCCAACAGAAGGAACAGGAGCGAAAAAAGAUGCAUAAUGACCAUUUAAUAGCUAGUGAGAAACAGCAUAUAAUACAGUGGGAGGAUUUCAUGAAAGAACAACACAGCAAACAGGCUGAAGUGGACGAAGAGCACAGAAAAGCCAUGGAGAGGCUUAAAGAACAAUACGCCGAGAUGGAGAAGGGCCUGGCAAAAUGUCCAGCCUUUGGAGAACUUGAACCAUAACAGUGACAAACUGAUGAGAAAACAUUAACUUCCCCUCAGAAACCGCUCCCACCAAACC